UGGCCUUGGGCCGGUAAAAGUUUUGUUGGAUUACAUAAGGUAGCAUGCUGUCACGGCACGCGAGUUCGGGAGUCGAAGUCGAGGGCAUCGUAGCACAGAGUUGCAGCCACAGGCACACAGGAGGUGUGUGCAGCGUCCAGGGGACAUACCAUGUAGCAUCACGGAGUGCGAGAACGGACAUGAGGAUAGGUGUAAGCACAAUCACGAGCGCACGCGAAAGCGCAAUUGGAAGCGUGGAUGCAGGCAUGUGCACGCUCGAGACACAAGGGGCCUUGCCAGCGGAGGCGUCGAUAUCGGGGCGUGGCAUGAAGUUGCGAAUGGGACACGCGGUAGCGUGCGUGAGCAGUCGGGGGCGACGUGCAUGGGCGCGCGAGAGUGUCCUGGCUCGAGACACGGGUACACGCAUGGGCAAAAUGGGUCGAGGCGUUGGCACGCAUGGGUGCGGUAUGGCUCGAGGCACUGGGGCGUGUGAGCACAAGCACGGGAGCGGGCGUGAGCGCAACAUGGAACGCUCAGGAGGCGGGCCUUGCAUUAUAGUGUCGAUGCCUAUGCGACGGACUAGAGGGGCCCAGAACAUUCUAGAAGCUGUUGGACACGCAAAGAAAGCUCCAGACAAGGGUCUGGAUGGGCUUGUUGGGCCAAGCCCAACCUGGGUUACUCCUAGGGCCUUGUAGAUAAUUAUAGAAUGGGUUUUUCUAGAUUAUUCUAGGUUAGGCUAGGGGGAGAGUGGGGAAUGUUCUAGCAACUGUACAUGUGAGGGGAAUUGUGUGGAGUGUUCUAGAGACCUCACCUGCAGAGGGCUCUUGGGCUGAUCUCUUCUAUAAAUAGAGGUGGCCUUAAUAGAUGAGGAGUAGCCUUGAGUGAGUGAGCUGUUAAGUGAGUGAGUGCAUUGAGGGGCUUUGUACUCAAACUCUUGUACACUCUCUUGCGAUCUUAAUAAAUUAUCUUCUUCUCC